UUUUAAUCUAUGAUAUGUUUAAACCUCCAUUCAAUCAUGACCAAGUUUAACCUUAAACAAACAAUAAUUGGCAACGGUAAUAUGUAAAGCAUGUAAAAAGCAAAACACACGUGGACUUAAACGGUGUACACGAUAAAUACGGUGUGUUGAAAUAUAAAGUGCAACAUGUAUAGCGUUUUAUUAAGGUUUUAUAAUUAAUUACGAAUAAUUAUGCCGCAAUUUGCACAAUACGUGGCGUGCGCUGUAAGGAAACGCUCAAAUGUUUUUCUGUUAGUUUGUUUAGUGCUAGUGAUUUACGGAAGUUGGAAUUACAUUAGCAGACUGAGGGUUGACGGGAAAUCAGUUUCUGAUCAACCAAUUAUCGAUUACCUAGCGAAAUAUUUGAAAGUAACGGUCACUGCAGGUGAUACAUUUCCUACGGCGCGUUCAGUUUUAAUAACUUUAACAAAUGUCGGAUACAGUCAUAUUUCAUACGGUCAAUGGCGGAUAUAUUUUUAUUCAUUGGCACCUCAACGCACCAAUGAAACUGCAGGGUUUCAGGUUCGGUGGGUCAACGGAGGACUUAAUUACUUAUCCCCAAUUAAAGGGAAGUUUAAAGGACUAGCCCCUACAGAAAGUGUUGAGCUAUUUUUUCGGGAAUGGAAGUGUUCAUCCAAAACCGACCAGUUUCCGAACUGGUACGUAGCUUCGACAGUGUACGGAUUAUCGUCUCCAAGAAUUAUGGAAAGCACUCGUGGUGAAAGUUUGUCGUUCGUGAACCAGUUUACGAACGCCUUUCAAUGGAAGAGAAACGAGUUUGAUGCAUAUCACCCCUAUACACCUACGGAACGGUAUAAUACAAAUAAUGCAACGUACGGAACGUCAACGUCAACGUCUGAAGACUUAAUCCAGGUCAUACCAAAACCUUUCUCUGUUAAGCCAAAAAGUGACAAAAAUGUAGUAUUUGAUAAGACUUGGGUUGUCGUAAAACAAUCGUCUGCUGAUACAGAUCACGUGACUCCUUCAGAAUUACUUGCUUUAAAAUUUGGACUUAAAACUGUAACGCAGAGAACAUCAAGUAAAUAUGUGGAAUUUAAAACAAGCGGAAAUUUCAGUGAUGAACAAUAUGAAAUACAGGUGAAUUCGGACACCGAAUCAAUUGACAUAAUUACAAAAAAUGGCGCGGGUGCGUUUUAUGGAGUACAGACGCUCAUUAGUAUGUUAGAAUCUUCAUUUGUAAUACCGGAAGUAGUAAUAAAAGAUCACCCACGGUUCAAAUAUCGCGGAUAUAUGAUAGACGUGUCCAGAAACUUUCACAAUAAGACAACUAUUAUGAAAUUAAUCGAUACAAUGUCAAUGUAUAAGUUGAAUAAAUUACAUAUGCAUCUCACCGACGACGACGGAUGGAGAAUAGAAAUACCGUCACUGCCUGAAUUGACCAUGUAUGGUUCCCGACGGUGUAACUAUUUUGACGAAGAACUAUGUUUAAGUCCUAAUCUUGGAUCCGGACCAUAUCCGGACUCAUCCGGAUCCGGUUACUACACUGUGCAAGACUUCCGGGAAAUUCUUACAUACGCAAAGGAAAGAUAUGUUCAAGUUAUACCGGAAAUAGAUGUACCCGGACAUGCCUUCGCCGCCAUUAAAGCAACAGAACUAAGAGAUAAGAAUUCACAUCUGUUUAAAAACUCCGGAAAUGGACCAUCGUAUCUGCUAUCAGAUGAUGUUUCAGGUAUUAAGUCUGUGCAAGGGUGGGUUGGUGAUUCCCUCAACCCCUGUAUGAAUUCUACAUACAGAUUUUUUGAAACAGUAUUAACAGACUUGAAAGAUAUAUACAAAGGUGUUCAGACGCUUGAUGUCGUGCAUGUCGGCGGUGAUGAGGUUCCGAAGGGCAUAUGGGAACAUUCACGGACUUGCAAGUCAAUGUUUCACGGUUCGAGCCUAGUUCAUAACACGAUAAAGAAAAUGUUUCUGCUAACGAUCGCUGAUAUAGCCCAUAAACACGGAAUGAAAAUAUCCGUCUGGGAGGACGGAAUUUAUUCCUCCAAAGAGGGACCGUACGGUGCUAAAGAGUUUAAACAAAGCGAGGUCUACGUGAACACAUGGAACAACAUUUGGGAGCAAGGGACCGGAGGGAGAGCUAUCGAAUUUGCUGAUCAGGGCCACAAAGUUAUUCUUUCCAUGGCUACUCAUUUAUAUUUUGACCACCCGUAUGAACCGGAUCCCGAAGAACGGGGUUUAUACUGGGCCACUAGAUAUACCGAUACGUACAAGGUGUUCGGAUUUAUACCCAUGAAUAUUUUUGCCAAUGCAGAGUUUGAUCUAUCUGGAAAAAGAAUUGACUUGAAUGAAUUGUGUAAAGGGCCAUGCCCGCAUACGAAAGCUCCGGAAAAUUAUGCCGGCAUGGAAGCGUGCAUCUGGUCGGAAACGGUACGGAACGAGAGCCAACUUUACGACAUGACCUUUCCUCGACUUCUUGCUUUUGCUGAAAGAGCAUGGCAUAUGGCUAAAUGGGAAGAGAUUGUCUCUGUACCCGAAAGAGAAAAGUCUAAAAAGGAAGAUUUUCAGAGAUUUGUGAAAGUUGUAGGAAAGAAAGAACUACCCCGUUUAGAGGAAGCUGGUAUUACAUACCGGAUUACGCCACCUGGUGUGAUAUUUUCAGAGAAAGACAGGAUAGCAAAAGUUAAUACAUUUUAUCAGGGGCAUAAAGUUAUGGUAGCGCUUGGCAACAAUAGUCGAUGGAAGUAUUCUCAAAAUGAAUUUAAAGUUCCAGUUGGGGUCUCAGAUAUUUACGCACGUGCCAUAUCACCCGUGCUGAAGAGAGGAAGUAGGACAGUGUAUUUACAAAUUAAUAGUGGUGCUCAGUCUAUUUCCUGUAGUAUACAUGUAUAUAUUACAUUUGUUCUUAUAAUUGUCCAAAUUAUUGUGAAUUGAUAGUAUGUUGACUAAUUUCAGUAAUCAAUUGUUUUACUAUUUUGUUAUACAUGUAUUAUUAGUUAAAAAUAGUUCUGACAGGUUAUAUGUUCGGAUAUAAACGGUUGUGUGUAAAUAUAACCAGAGCCGCUGGGCGAGGGUUAUAUUGCAAACAACAGUUUGUAUACGGCAUAUAACCAGUCAGGAAUCUUUAUCAUUAAUUAAUAAUAUAGUAGUAGCAAACAUUCUUUCUUAGAGGAAAACAUAUUAUAAUUUCACAGUAGCCGUGUAUAAACAUAUACGAGUCUAAACGUCAAGUUUAUCCAUUGAAAAGCGACUUUACAAACGUGCAGUAUUAUAAAAAUAGUUAAUUGAAGAAUCUAGUCAAAUGAUUUUUGCAAAAUUUGCACAGCGCUUCAAUCCAUAAAUCCAUUUUGUUGCUGUACUGCUUUGGAAAAACGUGUUUUUAUACGGCGAAGGGAGGUAGAUAUAUUUUUCAAUGCCAUCAUUACGGUCACUGUAUGAGUUUUAUAAAUUUUGGCGGGAAUUGUUGUCAUACAAUUUCGACGGGAAAUGUUGUUAUACAUUUUAGUGGGAAGUUUUGUAAUAUAAUUUUGGCGGGAAAUGUAGAAAUACUUUUAUUUUUUAUUUGUUCAACUUGGUUCAACUGAUAUAUUUUCUUUAAUUUAAACAAUUCUUUAAUGUUUAUGAUUAUUUCAAGAAUCUGUAAGCGUGCUGCUUUAAAGUCGCUUAAAAUUAUUUAUUUCAUGACGUAUCUUAGUUUAUUUAAGAGAUAAAACACACAAAUUUAUUACACACUAAUUUAUACGUGGCAUCUUUAUUGUAAAUUUACAAUGCUGUCAUUAUAUUCUUGACAGAUUUUGUUUUCAUCAUGUUCACGUUUGAUAUGACUUCUGUAAACCGUCUUAUUAUCAUCAAAUUACUGCCGAACCUUGAUAAAACGACCGACAAUAGUAUUUCAAAAUAUGGCCCUUAAUGACAAGUGGUCAAUAAAAAGGGAUUAAUUGUAGUAAAAAUGAGUUUCAUCUCGAAAAUAUUGGGAAUUUUUGUGGCAGGUUAAUUUCACAAAAUGGUUAUGUAUUCUAAUGUAUUUUAUAUUUAUUUAUAGGGACUCCACUGAGGCUUUUUGACGUCACUGGAAAUAAUUUUCGAGAUAAAUAUUCCAUUUGAUGUAGAUUGUGUGCAAAAAUUCUUUCCGAUUUUACAGAAUAAUUCUAAAUGUGAAAAAUACAUACAUUUGAAAGCUUAGCAACGCUUUUCACAUAAAUCGUACAAAGAUUAGCACAAAAUUCGUUUUUCUUAAAUUAUUUGUAUAUUUCUUAAUUGUCUGUUGCUUUGCCAUUGUUAAUUUUAAGUACCCCAACUGAUCUAUGUAAGAAAUUAAAAUUUUUGGACACCAGUGGAGUUCCUUUAAAACGUUUUUAUUUUUUUACUUAACUGAUUUCUUUAAAUCGUUUAUUUAAAGGCCCAUCAAGACCCGAAAUGUAUAUCAUUUUUAUUUUUCAAAACCUUUUUAUUUUUUAUUUCUUAUUAUAUUAUCCAACAAUUUACUAAUUGGGCAUUACAUAAGUUAUUACAAUUUCCAAAAAAUUACUCGUUGGAAAUUAUAGAUGAACUAUUUUUCGCUUCUUUUCCUCUUUGACAACUGGUAUUAAUACUGCGUAUGGGAAUCAAAAUACUACUUUUUUAGCAUUUUGCUACACAUAACCGCAUACUUUCGCAGCUUUUCAAGCAUCCAAGAUCCUCUAAAGUCAUUAUCAAAAUAUUAUUAAACACAUAUAUGACUUUUCUCAAGAAUAUGAAAAUAUAUUUCUUAGACAUAGUGUACCUUCAAUAAAACAAUAAAAUAUGUUAAUAAAAAUUUGUCUCGUGUAUAUAUUGGCGUACAGAUUGGAACCAUUCUGAUAUUGUAUUUAAAAGUUUUCGGAUGUUAUUUUUUCUGUUGUUGUUGUUGUUGUUGUUGUUGUGAAUAAACA